AUGGAUUUAUGCGAAGAAUUUCGAGUGGAAGAAAAGAUUUACAAGCUCCUCCAUAGGAGAAAGUAUAUUGGAUUUCCAAGAUUCCUCAGAUCUGGAGUCGACAAUUUUAAUAGAGGUUAUUUAGCAAUAGAAGUUUUAGGACCUUCUUUGAAGAAAAUAUUACAUCAUUAAAAGCAUAGAAUAUCUCCUCAAACAAGUCUUUAACUCGGCAUUUAACUAACUUAUCUUUGUGAAAAUGGCAGGCAUAUCUAAAAUGAAAGAUAAUCUACAUUCAUGGGUAACUUUGUAUUUAGCAGUGUUUAUUAAAUGCUUGGGCACAGUCCCUCUAGAAAGGAUGAUCUCUUGUCAAUAUUUUAUUUACUACUCUAUUUUAAAGAUGGAAAGCUUCCAUGGGUUAUAAAAUAAAAUGACGGAAAAAUAAAAACUAUGUCCUUUGAUUAAGUGAGAAAGGCUAAGUAAGAUUUUCAUAGUGAAAUUAAAAUGAAGAGUCAAACUUGCUUAAUUAGAUGCCUAAUAAAAUAUUGCGAUAAGUUAUAGUUUGAAGAGAAGCCAAGAUAUGAUAUUAUUAUCAAAAAUCUCUUAACCUAGCUAAACUCAUUAAACACAAUUAAGGAAUAGUGGGCUAUGGACUGGACCAAGCUAACAUCAAAUUGGUGCAAUAGAAUGGUAGAAUUUUCAGAACAAUUUAAGUAUUUUGAGAACCCCAUCUCCUAAAAAAUGAAAAAGAUUUCGGGUGAGAGUUCAAAUGGAGGCAGAAACUUUUCAAUCUUAUAAGAAAGAGUUUAAUACUUUCUAGAGCAAAAUUCAAACGAAUUCUUUUUCGGAACUUUAAGCUAACACACCUUCAUUAAGUAAUGA